AUGAACGAGCCUUCUUGGGGCAACCCUACACUGGACUCGAAACUGACGGACGGACAUCAACCCGGUCUUCAUGAUGGCUUCAGGCUUCCACCACUGAACUUCCCUCUAAGUUCUGUGGACAUUAAAGUUCGGAACAUACCAAGUCCUAUCGAGCCCAACUGGACGAAUCCAUACGCUCAAAACCCCUCCGGAAGUUACCUACCUUCCCGCUCAACGUUGGGACAAGCCCGGAGACUAGAAAUACCAUCAGACAGUCACUACGAAACAAGGACCGUGCCAGACGAUUUGACGCAGUUGAGAAAGGACGCUAACUUGUAUAGUCGACCAGAAGAGCUUUCCAACUUGGCAAAACAAUUACUGCCUGAAGGCAAGCGGUCAGAAUCCUUCAUCAAAUUCGUUACCCUAGUUUUACAGCUUAGGAUCAAGCUCAAACUGAACUUUCGCGAAAAAGCGGUCAUUGACCUUGAGGAAUCCAUCUCGGCUUUUGCAAUUCAAGAUCAGCAAAGCGCAGUGUCUUAUGCGUCUGUUCGUUCAUCCUUCCACAGCGAAGCUAAGGCUCCAGUCCAUGCGAUGCCUUUGGACAGUGGUACUACUCUUGCGACCACGCUGUACCAGCCAUCUGAUCCCGAGGGGGCUCCAACGACAGGUGUAGUUCACUUAACCCCUCGCUCAGCGUGGAUCAACAAGUACUCCAGAAAAGCAAAUCCUGAUCAAGAUCUGCUAAAGCUAGUGUCCAUGACACUGUUGAGAGAGGACAGCUUUUUGGUAGAGCUUGACCAGUAUCUGGCAGCGAGGCAGGUAGCAGGAACUCUAAACAUUUUACUUCCGGAGGUCAUUAUGUGCGACGAACGAUGUAGAGUCUUUCGUCCUAAUGAAGGGAAAGACUUUCCUGCCCUUGUGACUCUGGCUUCUGAGAUGUUACCGGAUGAUCAGAAUUAUGAGGUUGCUCUUGCGAUAGCAUGGAUCUUUCAACGUAGGAAUCGGUUGACCGGGAACAAGCGAGCCAUCGAGCCCUGGAAGACCCACUCCAGAGCAUCAUCAUGGGAUAGACGUUUCUUUAGGAUCCCGGACAUAUCACAGGAGACCCUGUUCUCCUCGAAGACAUCUCAGACUCAGGCUACUAGUCUGGAAUCCACCUUCAUUUACUAUACACCCAGGACCAUGCUUUCGGGGUCUACCUUUGAAACACAAUCUUGCGCGCCGCCAUCCCAAACUUGA